CUUCUUUUUUUGGUUCGAUCAUCUUUUGGUCUUUUUGAUAAAUAUAUAAUAUACGCACAUCAAUCUCAAAAAUUCUGUAGCAUAGGACCCUUGUUGAAGCUUCCACUCUCAUCUUGACAUCAUGGAUUCAUGUUCUUGAUUGUGAUAAGAGUUUCAUUGUUGGUGAAAACAAUCUUUAACGUUUCGAGCUGUUGUUAAUUGAAUCAUGCAAUUAUAUCAUCACCCUUUCUCAUUGAACAGCCAAAAGGUCAGGCUUGCUUUGGAAGAGAAGGGCGUUGAUUACACCUCAUUUCAUGUCAAUCCUAUUCUUGGCAAGAACAUGAACUCAUCUUUCUUCAGAAUGAAUACGAGGGCGAAACUCCCGGUUUUCAAGAAUGGUUCACAUAUCAUUUUCGACACGGUUGAAACAAUCCUGUACAUUGAAAGAAUUGCAGCAGUCUCAGUUGGUAACAAUUCCUUUAGCAGCCAAGAAGUAAUAGAAUGGAUGCGAAAGAUAGAACAAUGGAACCCCAAGUAUUUCACUCUAUCACACAUUCCUGACAAGCACCGCCUCUUCGUUUCUAAAUUCAUACGAAAAGUGGUGAUCGCCCGGAUGGCCGAAUCACCGGACCUCGCUAGCGCAUACCACGGUAAGCUCAGAGAAGCCUACGAGACCGAGGAGAAGCUGAAGAACCCUGAUGUUGUUAAAAGGAGCAAAGAAAGUCUGGUCCAACUGCUUGAUGAAGUUGAAACGAAGCUGAAUGACACAACUUACAUCGGAGGGGACGAGUUCACCAUGGCGGAUGCAACAUUCAUACCGGUGCUAGCUCGGUUGGUGCUUCUGGGUUUGGAAGAUGAAUACAUAACUUGCAGGCCAAACAUUGCAGACUACUGGGGUUUGGUGCAACAAAGGCCUACCUAUAAAAAGGUUAUAGGAAAAUAUUUUAAUGGCUGGAGGAAGAAGAAAACACUGAUGAAAACUUGGUGCUCACUGCGUGUCAGAGAAUUUCUGAGGAGAUAUUGAUUUAAGAAUUUGUAGGUUACAGGUGUCGUGUAAAUUGAUAUAAACAUAAAAUGAAUUCAAAGGAAAAA